UUUUGGGGGAAUUCCGGACCCCCCCACCCCAACUCCGACCCCCAUCCCUCUCUGCCCCUUUUUAUCUCGCCGUUCUCCUCACCUUCCGAUUUUGGUCGGGUAAAAAAUCUUAUUUUUAGUUGAUUCAGCUAUCAGAAAAUGGAUGAUACUGGGGGCUAAGUAAAUUCAAAUUUCUAUGGCCUUUGAUAUUGGGGUGAUGUUUGGGGGAGAGAACAAUUUCAACAACAGCAACAACAAAAAUCAGGUGCUUAGUUUCUGCAGAUCAAUAGAGAGAAUCUAUUCUAAGAGCUGCCUCUCUGGAAUGGCAUUUAAAACAGUGCGGGCAAUUUCCAAAGCAUCAUUGACAUUCACGCCCCGAGUGUCGCCAUCCUUCAGGCCUUUGUCUCUUAAAAUCCCUAUAAGUGAUGGAUAUCACGAAUCCCUGUGUUUGAGUUACUGUCAUUUAUAAUACACCCAACAAUUUUUAUUGGUAGUCGAAGAGAAACAUUUGGUUGGGGCACAAGGGAUUUGCUUGCACAUUGCAGAUUCUUUUAACAGGGAAGUUUGACAAUGCCGGACUUUGGUGUCAGAAAACGGUUUGCUGAGUCAGAGAAGUGUCUCAGCAUUGCAACAAAAAAUAAUUUUGCAUCUUGUUUGAAAGUUUCCACGGGGCUUACCCUGCAAGCACCAUGGGAUAUGUGCUGCCCUUUAUUAUCUGGGUUGCCUGAUGAUGUGGCAAAGUAUUGCCUUGCACUUGUUCCCCGGUGUUACUUUCCUGUCAUGGGUGCCGUCUGCAAGAGAUGGAGAUCAUUUAUCCAAAGCAAGGAGUUCAUAACUGUAAGGAAGGAGGCAGGCAAGCUUGAGGAAUGGCUCUAUAUCUUAACUGGUGAUGCAGAUGGAAAGGGGAGUCAUUGGGAGGUCUUAGGCUGCUUUGGAGAAACACACCAGGUGUUGCCACCAAUGCCUGGUCCUGUAAAAGCUGGUUUUGGAGUUGUUGUUCUUGAUGGCAAGCUUUUAGUAAUAGCUGGAUAUUUGGUCGAUGCUGGGACAGGGUGUGUUUUAGAUGAUGUCUAUCAAUAUGAUUCUCGGCUUAAUGGUUGGAGCAUGCUGGCCAAGAUGAACGUUGCUCGCUAUGACUUCGCCUGUGCCGAGGUCAAUGGUUUAAUAUAUGCUGUAGGUGGCUAUGGAUCUGAUGGUGAGAGCUUAUCAAGUGCUGAAGUUUAUGACCCUGACAAAAAUGAGUGGACUUUGAUCGAAAGCCUGCGCCGCCCGAGGUGGGGCUGCUUUGCCUGCAGCUUUGAAGGCAAGCUCUAUGUCAUGGGUGGACGGUCAAGCUUCACAAUAGGCAACUCGAGGUUUGUGGAUGUGUACUACCCUGAAUGCCACUCUUGGUAUGAGAUGAAGAAUGGGUGUGUGAUGGUCACUGCACAUGCUGUGCUUGGCAAGAAACUAUUCUGUAUGGAGUGGAAGAGCCAGCGGAAGCUGGCAAUAUUUAAUCCAGUUGAUAACUCAUGGCAAAAGAUCCCUGUGCCGGUCACUGGGAGUUCAACCAUAGAGUUUCGCUUUGGGAUACUUGAUGGCAAACUGUUGCUUUUUGCACGGGAGGAAGAGCCUGGGUACCAGACACUGCUGUAUGAUCCGGUUGCUCCAGUGGGAUCCGAGUGGCAAACAUCUUCACUUAAGCCUUCUGGUCUGUGUUUGUGCAGUGUGACGAUCAAAGCUUGAAGUCUUGAAUGUUCCAUGGAUUACUUAUCUGUUGCUAUUUAGUGUGCUGCUGCUUAAGGCGAGGUUAGAUGUUCUUUUUCUAUUUAGAUCGCAAAUGAGACCAGACCGGUUUACCCUACUUUGUUUUGUGGGAUGUAUGAACUGGUAACUUGGUUUCAACUCCAUUUAAGUAAUGAUUCUCUUGGUGUGACCAUACAAUGGCUGCAGCUACUUUAAUAUAUCGGCUCUCUUAAGCUCUGUAUUGCUUAUUGUGAUUAUCCUUUGAUAUAUGCUAGUAUUCAAUGUAAUAUAAGAAAUGCUAUUUGUGUUUGAUGCAAUAUAUUGGAACAGGUCACAAGGAAA